AUGAUUCCUUUCUUUCUUUUGUUCAAUACCUUUCCUUCAAGCCUAUUAUACUUUUCUUUGCACACCCAUUCUUUCUUCUUUUCCUCAAAAGAAUUCUGUUUCAUUCUUUUUCAACUCUUCAUUUUUUUCUUUUUCCCUCAUUACCAGCUUUGUUUGGUUAUUUCUCUUUCUUUCUAUUAUAUUUCCUUUCUGAAUAUUUUUUCUUUCUUGGUGACUAAUUUUCUUCUCUCACUCUCUUUCUCUUUUCCACCUAUCUAUUUUCUCUUUCUUUUUUUCAACUCUCUUUCUCCCAGCUAUUUAUUUUUCCUCUCUUUCACCCAUUUCUCUGUUUCUCUCUUUCUUCCAGCUAUUUUUCUAUUUUUCCUCUCUUUCACCCAUUUCUCUUUCUGUUUUUCUCUCUCUUUCUUCCAGUUAUUUCUCUAUUUUUCCUCUCUUUCACCCAUUUCUCUUUCUGUUUUUCUCUCUCUUUCUUCCAGUUAUUUCUCUAUUUUUCCUCUCUUCCAGCCAUUUCUCUUUCUGUUUUUCUCUCUCUUUCUUCCAGCUAUUUCUCUAUUUUUCCUCUCUUUCACCCAUUUCUCUUUCUGUUUUUCUCUCUCUUUCUUCCAGCUAUUUCUCUAUUUUUCCUCUCUUUCACCCAUUUCUCUUUCAGUUUCUCUCUCUCUUUCUUUCAGUUAUUUCUCUAUUUUUCCUCUCUUUCACCCAUUUCUCUUUCUGUUUUUCUCUCUCUUUCUUCCAGCUAUUUCUCCAUUUUUCCUCUUUUCCAGUCAUUUCUGUUUCUGUUUUUCUCUCUCUUUCUUCCAGUUAUUUCUCUAUUUUCCUCUUAUUCAGAUUCUUCGUCUCAUUUCUCUAUUUUCCUCUCUAUCUUCCAACCAUUUCUUCCAACUGUUUCCUUCUAUUUUCUUUCUUUUUCUUCCAGCUAUGUCUUUUCUAUUUUUCUCACUUUUCUUCCACUUAUUUCUCUAUUUUCUUCUUAUUCUAUCUGUUAGUUAA